CCCAAAGUGAAUGUGCGCAGGAAAAUUAUAAUAAAUUAAAAUUGCAUACAGUAAUUUAAAGACGCGUGUGUUUUUGCCCAGCGGCUGCAUUUGCGUGUGCCAGCGUGUAAAAAGUGCCGCCAGCGCCAGGAAAAUGGAAAACGCGUGCUGCUCAAUUCCCAGAUAAGCAAGCAGCUGUGCGUUGACGUCGUCGUCGUCUCCCCACGCACGGAGUUUGGCGUGCAGACGAAUCAAACACACAGACAGACACACAGUCAGACAGGCACAGACACACAGACAAACACGCAUUCUGUCAAUAUUGUUGGCGACAACAAAUUAAAAAAAGAUUUACAACAACUUGCAACUAAUUCGCGUGUGGUGUGCUUGUUGGUCGCGGUCGCAUUGUGAAAUACUCACAAAACCAGACAGACCGGAACACCAGGACAAAGACCAACAAAAGCAACUUCAACAUCAACAAUAAGAGUAGCAAUAGAAGUAACAACAACAACCUCCACCUCCUCCUCCACCCACAAAACAAAAAACAACAACAACACAAUGCACCCAUUGCAAAGUAGUUAAAUAAUUCUGCCUGCCCUGUCUGCGCUUUAUUUCCUCACAUUUAUUUCUCUUAGUUUCUUGUUUCUUUCGAUUUAAUAAUUUUCAACAAGUUUCCGUUACCGCUCUUAACACCCGCCCUUCUCCAGCACAACCACCACAACAGCAGCAACAACAUCAAUACCAACAUUUGUAAACAUUUAAACGCGCAGUUCCUUCGUUUCGUUCAUUUUUAAAGAAUUCUUUUCUCUUCAUCAUAAGUCAUUUCCCGCCCCUGCUUUUCGACUACUUCACGUACACAACAACAACGAGAACACAGACACCCACACACACACACACAAAAUUAUAUAUACACACACACACGCGGACCAAUACAUACGACUGGUUUUCUGUGACGUGCGACCAUCUUAUAUUUUCGUACCGUUCGCGCAAUUUGUUUGUGCAUUUUUUGUUUUGCCAUUUUCAUUUUCUUUGUGUACGUUGUCGCAACUAAAACACGAGACAACGACGCUGACGCCACCGUCGUCGCCGCAGUCGCAGUCACAUCCGCCAGCGUCGACGUUAAGUGCAGAGCCGCACUUCAAAGCGAUCUUCAUAAGCGCACGCUCAAGCACCUGCUCAGAGAAGCAAGAAGACAGAGAAGGGGCUGCGUCGGCACGAGAUACGACACGCGAGACCGGCUUCUAGGCCAGACAGCUGCGCAACAGCAACAGGCAGCAGGCAACAACAACACACUUGUUGUUGGCCGAUCGAAUUGGUGGCUUUCAGCGUUCAUUACCACUUCGUACUUACACUUAUUAAGAUGGUCAAGGAAAAGCCCAACUCGACGCGCAUCUACGAUAAGGAUGGUUUCCGACGGCGCGCUGCUUGCAUAUGCGUGCGUGCUGAAAACGAGGCUGAGGUGCUGUUGGUGACUUCCUCACGCCGUCCUGAGCUCUGGAUUGUGCCUGGUGGUGGAGUGGAGCCCGAAGAGGAGCCCUCAGUUACUGCCGUGCGUGAGGUGCUUGAGGAGGCUGGAGUUAUUGGUAGUCUUGGCCGAUGCCUUGGUGUUUUUGAGAACAAUGAUCACAUGCAUCGCACUGAGGUGUUUGUCAUGAAUGUUACCCAAGAACUGGACGAAUGGGAGGAUUCGCGCAGCAUUGGACGCAAGCGGCAGUGGUUUACCAUCGAAGAUGCGCUUUCGCAGCUGGCGCUCCACAAGCCGACACAGCAGCAUUAUCUCAUGCAGCUGCAGCAUUCGAAGACUCUGGAGAACGCCAACACGCCGGGACGUGUGGUGAAUGCCACACAUCCGCCGACAACAACGACCACAGCAGCAGCAGCUGCUUCGCCCACAACGGCAUAAAGACAAUGUAGAAGUCGGAAGUCAAGACUCACAAACACACACAACACCCACACAUUUACACACGCACGCACAUUGACAUUUGAAAUUUACGAUUAGACAGGCAGUUUGUUCAUUAUUUCGGUAUGAUAAAUCAUUUCCAUUUCAAUUUAAACCCGCUUCGCUUUUACACAACCCUUAACCCUUUGGAUGGUCAUCCAAGGCCCAAAAACUCCACUUAGCCAUAGCAAGCACAUAAGCGGAAAUGUUUUGAGUUUAGAUUAAGUCACAUUUUAUAAAGCAAUUCAUUUAUGUUUUAGUAAUUGUAAUACAUACAAAGGGAAAAACACAAUAACAUCAAGAAAUAUGUACUUUAAAUUAACGACAACAACACAAAAAAAAAAGAAAAAUAAUAAUGAUAUGAUUGCCUAUUAAACACACACACAUACAUAAUGAAAUCAACAAACCAACUUAAAAACAAAUGAAAUAAUAAUUUUUGAGCGAAUAGCACUUUUUGCAAACGAAAAAUGUAAACAAAAUGGAAAAACUUAAAAAAUAUCUAUUAGAUUUUCUACUCUUUUUUAUAAUUUACUUAAAACAUUAGUUCACUGUAUUCUGUAUUGUACGGAACAAUUGGAAACGGCUUUAAGGAAGCGCUGAAACGUAUUUAUUAUGCUAACAAUUUUAAACGGCCUGUAACUCUCAACCUUGAUAAAUAGCAAUUGUAAUUGAUAUAUCUGCCACACUUAACUGAGAAUUAUAAUACAAGUGAAAAAACACUUCUCCCCUUAGGCACGCAGCAGUGAAACGAAAAAUACAGAACUUUAAACUCUAAAUUAUACAAAAUACUUAAAUGCUAGUAAACGGUUGCCUAUGCCUGAAGAAAAUAAUUCUCAUUCAAACAUAUAGAUGAAGAUAUAAUAUCGAGGAAAGUCUCACAUUCUUGUUAGCCGGAGAUAUAAAUUAAACAAAUAAAGUAGCAGCAGCGCCAAUAAUUGACAAAAAAA